AGGGUAUCAUUUUACUUGAUAACGAAUGAUAUAAUAUUUACAAAAAGAGUUUUAGUGUGAACAGUAGAGGGCACUCACCUUAAUAUGAUAUUAUAUCACAAUAUUUAUAGAUUUGUGUGACAUUGAGAUGUGUCUUCUUACACAACAACUAUUAAGAAACACGAAACAACUAAAACAAGAAGUGUUGAUCAGACUCAACUGACUUCUGCAUUACUUAGUCAAUAUUUUAAUCAUUUAUCAGUUAUAAGAUAUCUGUUUUCUCUUCAGUUAUUAUUUAGAUCUGUCCUGAUCCAGAAGAUGAACGGUGUGAUUUUCUUCUGUUUGUGUUUGUGGAGUCUGUCUGGUGUGUUUGGUAGUGAGUUUGUGUCAGUGAUGGAGGGAGAUUCUGUCAUUUUAUCGUUCAGUCUCACUGAACCACAGAUUAAAGAUGGAAUCACCUGGAAGUUUGGACCUCAAGAAACUCCUAUAGCUAACAUGAUAAACUAUAAAACUACAGUAUAUGAUGAUAGACCUGAUGGAACAUUCAAAAACAGACUCCGUAUAAACCAUGAGACUGGAACUCUCACCAUCACAAACACCAGAACCCCACACACUGGACUUUAUAUUUUAACCACUCCCAGCCAAGAGAAACCACUCAACAUAUUUAACGUCACUGUCGCUCGUCUUCCUGUUCCUGUCAUCACCAUAGACUCAACACAAUGUUCAUCAUCAUCAUCCUCAUCAUCAUCAAUCUGUUCAUUAUUGUGUUCAGUGUUGAAUGUGAGAGAUGUGAGUCUGUCCUGGUAUAAAGGAAACAGUUUAUUGUCCAGCACCAGUUGGUCUGAUCUCAACUUCAACAACAUCUCUCUACCUCUGGAGGUUGAAUAUCAGGAUACAAACAAAUACAGCUGUGUGGUGAACAAUACCAACACAAAACAAACUCAACAUCUCAACAUCAAGAAUCUCUGUCAGACGUGUUCAGUAAAAGAAGUCGUCUACUGCUGUCGUAGUUUUACUGAAGUUGUGAUCCAAUUGGUGGUCUCUGUUCUGGUGGGCGUGGCUGCUGUUGGUUUUGUGGUUUAUGACAUCAGAUCCAGAAGAGAUGAAGAGAAGAGGAUGAGAUCAGAUAAACCCCACUAAAUCUCUUCAGUUUAAUUAUUAUAGUUAUCACACAUUAUUAAUUAUAUCUAAACACAAUCUUUAUUAUUUCUUUAAAAUUCUUCAUUUGUUCAGCUCAACUGUUUUCUUAUUAAA